CCGCCUGCUCCCUGGCGCCCCCUGGCCCGGCUCUGGCGCCCGAGGUUUCCGGUGAGCGGGAGUCGCCGGUUAUGACGACUCCCUGCUCCCGAGCCGCCGCCGUCUCCUCCUGCUCCGCAGCCGCGGCUCCCCGGCUCCAGGCCUGUGGAUCCCGUCAAGGCAUGUAGGAGUGGAGCUGCUGGAAGACGUUGCACAGGCACUGACCUUCGCGCAGCCCGCAUCCCUGCGCGCACGUGGGCUUCCUGCCAGGCCCCCGGGGCUGUACUUUCAUGCACCAGUAGUUACCCGCGUCGCCCGGUGCAAGUGCCUGCGUGCCCUCCGCCAAAGCCAGGUUGUUGAUCGGCGUCUGUAGAGUUUUCCCAGCAGUCGCCUGAGUGUUGCUUUUUCCUCCGUGGGUGGCUGAGUUUAGUGAUAGCCGGAGCUCAAGGAAGGGCGAGGGACUCGGAUAACCAAAGCUCAGGACUUGGCUUUACGCCCUGAGACGGUUUUCCAUACCUCAAACGUUGCUACAGCUUCUUUGUGAUUCUGGAGAUUAACAAGGUUUGGAAGUUGCUAUGUUAAUGCUCCUUGUCUUUGGAGCAUUGUUACUUCACAAAGUCCCGCUGAGUGGCCAAGAUGGGGCUGGCAGCAUCCCAGGAGAGCCAGUGUAUGACUACAGCAGCAUCCACCUGCCCGAGGAGCACGUUCCCUUCUUCUUGCACAAUAACAGGCACGUUGCCACCGUCUGUAAGAAAGACCCACACUGUCCGUAUAAGAAACACUUAGAAAAUCUGAAGUCCUGCUGGGGGUAUGAGAAAUCCUGCAAAGCGGAGUUCAGGUUUGGUUACCCGGUGUGCAGCUACGUGGACAUGGCAUGGACGGACACGGUGGAGUCAGCCGAGGACAUAUUCUGGAAGCAGGCUGACUUUGGCUACGCCAGGGAGCGGCUGGAGGAGAUGCACACACUCUGUCGGCCUGAGCACACGGGUGACUCGAGUCUGGCUUGCUCGCGGUAUCUUCAGUAUUGCAGGGCCACGCAUCUCUACCUUGACUUGAGAAACAUCAAGAGGAACCACGACAGAUUUAAGGAAGACUUUUUUCAGAGUGGUGAAAUUGGCGGACACUGUAAACUUGACAUUCGUACACUGAUGUCUGAGGGUCAACGCAAAAGCCCUCUGCAGUCUUGGUUUGCUGAGCUCCAAAGCUAUACCCAGCUUAACUUCAGACCUAUAGAGGAUGCGAAGUGUGACAUUGUUAUUGAAAAGCCAACAUAUUUCAUGAAAUUAGAUGCAGGAGUUAACAUGUAUCACCACUUCUGUGACUUCCUCAACCUCUAUCUCACCCAGCAUGUCAAUAACUCCUUCAGCACCGACGUGUACAUCGUCAUGUGGGACACCAGCACUUACGGAUACGGUGACUUAUUUUCUGAGACAUGGAAAGCAUUUACUGAUUAUGAAGUUAUACAUCUGAAAACUUACGAUUCCAAACGGGUUUGUUUUAAAGAAGCCGUGUUCUCGUUACUGCCCCGCAUGAGGUACGGGCUGUUCUACAAUACCCCUCUGAUCUCGGGCUGUCACGGCACUGGAUUGUUCAGGGCGUUCUCCCAGCACGUACUGCACAGACUGAACAUCGCACAGGAGGGACCCCAGGAUGGCAAAAUCCGAGUCACCAUUCUGGCACGGAGCACAGAGUACCGGAAAAUACUAAAUCAAAAUGAGCUUGUAAAUGCACUGAAAACAGUAUCUACAUUUGACGUCCAGAUUGUUGAUUACAAGUACAAAGAACUUGGGUUUCUGGAUCAACUCAGGAUCACUCACAACACGGACAUAUUUAUUGGAAUGCACGGAGCCGGCCUCACCCAUUUGCUCUUCCUUCCAGACUGGGCUGCAGUGUUUGAACUGUACAACUGCGAGGAUGAACGCUGUUACUUAGACUUGGCCAGGCUGCGAGGGGUCCACUACAUCACUUGGCGAAGGCAGAACAAAGUCUUCCCUCAAGAUAAGGGCCACCAUCCCACUCUCGGGGAGCACCCAAAGUUCACCAACUAUUCUUUCGACGUGGAGGAGUUUAUGUACCUGGUCCUUCAGGCUGCAGACCACAUAUUGCAGCACCCCAAGUGGCCGUUCAAGAAGAAACGGGACGAGCUGUGAAUGCGUUGCGUCUGUUUGCCCAACACGGAGUAUUUAAGCACUCAGCACCCAGACUCACGAUGAAAUAGGUGAAACAACCCGUUAUUCCCUAGCCCUCAAUGACCUUGUCUAUACCAAAACAUCCUGCAAGGUGUUAUUACGCGUUUUAGAGUCUUUAAUUAAGCGUUUUAUAUACCUUUUGUGUCAUUGCUGUGUGCCAGUAGCAAUCGUACUUUUGCACUGAAAGUUUUCUUCUGUAAUUCAAAAGUUGGGGGUGCACCCCCUGCUGUGAUGGCGCUUUCUUCUUAGGGAUGCCAAAGUUUUCAGCUUAAAAGUUUUAAAGGUUUUUGCAAAAAUCUCAUUGAUUGUAACUCCAGAGCGUUCCAGCUUGCUUCUGAUACAGUUGGGUAAAUUCACCACUGCUCUUUGAGUUACUAUGAUCUGUUCCAAGCACUAUUUGUGGUAGAAAAAGAAAACACGGACAACACGCAUGCAAGCACGCACAGUACUGGGCUAGAGCACUGUGUUACAGACGAGUGUUAGUUCCAGGUUAUUGGCUUCAAGAAACUAAUCAGGCCGCUGUAGUCAUUAGUUAUUCUCAUAUUUCAUGUUCAAAUCAUGGUUCUCCAAACUCUGACAACCACGUCUGAUAAAAGCGAAUUUAGGACUUCUGUGGGAUUGUUGUGUGUCUCUUCCAGCUGGUUUCCAUGGACGCCUUCCAGCUAUGGAGAGCAUCAUGCUAUGUUUCUGUAUGAAAUAGUGGUUUCCACUGUGCAAGGAUUUGUACCCCAUGUACCUGUGUGUGUGUGCGUCUACCUCUGCGGGCAUGUAAGCAUGUCAGCCUUUGAUUUUACGACUUCACAGUAGUUACAUGUGGAGAACUUUUCCCUAUUAAAAAAAAUUAGACCAAAAAAUAAAAUAAAGGAACACAGGAAUUAUCUCAUCCAGAUGAAAAGCCAGAAGAAAAUGCCAGUGAUGAAAAUGGAUAGCUGAGUUGUUGGGAAUGGGAUUUGCCAUGGAUUUAUUUUACUGCAAAAUGUGAAGCUGGCAUUGUAUGAACACUUGAGUAGUCUAAUUUAGAGAUGAGAUGCUUCUGUUUUUUAAGGUAGGGAGGAGGUGAGCGAAUUACAGUGGAGCCCAAGGAUUCCCCCUGCCCCCAAUUUUAGAGUGGUUUUUAAAACAGGAAAAUGCAGCACAUAAGUGAGUUGCAAAACAAGAUGUUUCUAUCUGACCUGGACAGAUGUUUGCUGAGCCCUGCUUUAAAAGAUUAUGAACAAUAGUCGUGUAGAGUUUAGGAAUAUUUAUUAAAAUAUCUGUAAAGAAAAUGGUGAAUCACUGUAGCAAUAACUUUGGUCUGGAUCUUAAAAUUGUGCACAAAGAAUUAUGACCUUCGAGGGUACCUCGAGAAUCCUCUGAAAAAUACAAUUAAAAGAGAAGGUUUUUUUUUUUUUUUAAAUUUGGUGCAAUUUUGAAGUUCAUGCAUAGUUUUUUCACAUUUUGCCUUUUUCAUGAACUUUUUGAAGACUCCUUGUGUGCGUGGAUUUCAAAAUUUUUUUUGCAUCAAAAUAGACUUACCUUUUAAUUCUAUUUCCCAUGAACUUUUUUAGAAGUACCCUCAUAUGAUGAAUUUUUAAAUGACAGGUCUUGAUACUGUUCUUUGAGCAACUACUGAAAAAAUAUUUCCCAUGAAAGGAAUUGUAACAACUCGAUUGCAUUUUGAUUCCGUGAGGUAUAAAUAUCUGGAAAAGUUAUCUGGAACAAAAUCAAAGUGUCAACAUUUGUCUUCUUACCUCAUUUGAAGAAGCAGCACGUGGAAACGUGAUUCUAUAGACUAGUGUUAAUUGUGUUAAUUUCAGAAAUUGAGAACAAUUUCAUAGGAAAGCAAUUAUAUUUAAAUAUUUUGCAUUUAAAGAUUACAUUUUAUAAAAACAAGAAAAACAUUUGACAUGUGAACUAUGAAGUUAAAUUUUUACUAGACUUUUUUGUGGAACAAAAGAUCUUCAAAUUGUAAGAAAAUUUAACAUGUAAAGACUGUUUUUACAUUAAGUUUUUAAGAGAAAUGCAUUUCAUUGUACAUUUUGGGUAUGGCUUUGGAAUAAACCUUACAUUUUAUUUGAAUAUCAGAA